UCAUCAGAUUUUUCAAGUGCUUCUCCAUUAUUGCAAAUACGAAGAAAAUUAUGGACACCAAUACAGCACCAGGAGCCAUCAACUCCAUAAACGGGAUGAGAGUACUAAGUAUCUCAUGGGUUGUGCUUGGUCAUUCCUACUUUUUUUUUCUACCAUAUUUUCUUGCAAACAAUUUGCUGACAGCUUCAAAGAUCAUGCACAGGUUUUCUUUCCAAGCCAUACGAAAUGGUACCUUUUCAGUGGACAGCUUCUUCUUCUUAAGUGGUCUUCUGGUAAGCUACAUUGGACUUAGACGAAUGGGCAAGAACAAUGGAAGACUUCCUCUACUUCACUUCUAUUUACAUCGAUAUUGGAGGUACAAAGUUUUAAAACUAGCUUUGGAUAUCCCUGCCCUGCACUAA